AUGCCACCCGCGAACGCGAAUGUCGCAACAAACUCGUGCAUGCAUGAGAACUCGGCAAACGAAGGUGCUUUUAUUAUAUUUGCCCCGAGCCUCAAGCCUCAGGAGGUCCCAUUAUUGUGCUACUGCCAUUACCAUCUCGGGUCGCUCAUCGACGAAUACUGUCAGUUUGAUACCCCCACCAGCAUAGCGAGAGCAAGAACGAGAGAUAGAUAUCACAGAUCAAACUCCAAACAUCUUACGUCAUCUGAAACCAUUGUACGGGCGGCCCGAAAAGACUUGAAUUCUGGAUUUCGAGUACGUAUCUAUGCCGAAAAGCUAUUCGCCCAUUUCACUACAGCUUGUCCUACCAAUACAAACCGAGAGACAUCACUCCAGAUUAGAGACCGAAUUGCCAAAGAAUGUAGCUACAGCCCUGAUGAUACUCAGAUAUUAUCUUAG